UUCUCCGCUCACGCUACAAAACGUCAUGACGUUCAUGGUUCAAGUUCAAAAUGAAGGAAGGUGACGCGUGGCCGGUCUGGCAGCGCGUGAAGUUCGUUCGGGCGAACAGACGGCGAAUCUGCAGAACGCGCGCUGGCUUACUUCGCGAGAUGUGAUGGGGUUCGCGCAUGCGCACAGCGCCCCCAGAAGACCGCAGCUCCUUAGGCGCAGAAAUCUGAGCAGGUGAGAGAUCGGCGCGUGGCAUUCGCACGGGUUAUGUCCGUGGACCUGCAGCCACGCGAAACUACAGUCGGUAGUUUCCUUAACCUGCAUGCCGCGAGGCGAUCCACAAAGACGGAGCUCCACCGCGUUAGCGCGCUAAUCGCCCGCGGCGCUGGCGUUCUAACGGAGGGGCACGGUCUCGGUCCGAGUGACGUUUGCACCGUUUUCAUCCAGUGACCGCUGUCGCGACGUCGAUGUCCGUGACAUGGGCGAUUAGACUCUCAUCUGAUCAGCAAACGUGUGCACUCAGCGGUCAUGUCACAGGAGGAUUUCGGCGUGUUCGUGGACUGGUCUCGGAUGGGUGACGUGUCCCGCGGGGAUGCGACCACAGACAAGGCCGAGUACAAGGACCUGAAGGAUCUGAAACAUCAGGCCCGCACGGGACACUGGGCGUGCAGCCACGCCCGCCGCGCCCUCGUGUACCGUGAGCUCAUCAAGGCCCUGCCCUGCCGCACGGUGACCCCGGACGCCGCAGUGUACCGGGACGGCGAGGGCCAGGGUGCGGGCGGGCGCUCCUCCGCGCUUGUCCCGCUGCCAGACUGCGUGGACGGGGCGGCGGUCCCGCGCUACUGCCUGCGCGCGGAGGCCGUCGGCUCGGUGCACGCGGUGGUGGCGCGGCUGGCGAGCGAGUUCCCAGACGUGGCGCACUGCCCUGCACUCCCUGCUGUCGCUGCCCUGCUGCUCCACUGGAGCGCCGACGAGGCCCAGUGCUUUGAGGGCACUGCCCGCAUGCUGGCCUGCAACGACCCUGAACGCCACCUGCUCGACCAGACAUACCUCGCCUACCAGUCCUCCUGCAUGACCUUCGGCGACCUCGCCCGCAAGUACUGCCCCACUGCCCACAAGCUGAUGGUCGCCGCAGCGACAGACGUGCUGGAGGUCUAUGGCGAUUGGCAGCGGUGGGUGUUGGGUGACCUGCCGUUCGCACACGCUGCCCGCGUCAUGGACGUGUUCCUCGUGGAGGGCUACAAGGUUCUGUACCGGGUCGCUCUGGCCCUGCUGAAAUUCUACUGCAAGCAGAAAGUGCCUGGGCUCGCGGAGCAGGGCUCAGCUGGAGUGCGGGAUGAUAUCCGGGCCUUCGUGCGGGGCCUGGACUCCAGCGUGACCCCAGAGAAGCUGCUGGAGAAAGCGUUCUCCUUCAGGCUCUUCAGCAGGAAAGAGAUUGGCCUCCUACAACACGCCAACGAGAAAACACUCCGCCAGAAAGGAAUCACCGUGAGGCAGAAGAGGCAUGAUAUUCAGUUAGCAGUGAGCUCUGAGAACUUCUCCUCUGAGGUUGUGAGUGUGAGGGAGAUCAGAGAGAUCUGGGCAUGGCUACCAGAGCGCUUUGCCCUGUGCCAACCACAGCUGCUGUUCAGUACUGCCACACACGGCUGCAGUAUCAGCAGGUUUUAUUCUCACUGUGAGGGACAUGAACCUACACUGCUACUAAUAAAGACUACAGAGGGAGAGGUGUGUGGGGCGUUCCUGUCCACUGACUGGGAGGAGAGGAGGCGCCAUGGGAACAAGCUCAGCUAUUUUGGCACAGGGGAGUGUUUUGUCUUCAAAAUGAAGCCAGAGAUGGAGCGCUAUGAGUGGGUCGUUAUUAAGACCACAAUGUCUGAGGGGCAGCUGGAAGAUGGAGGUCUGGACGCAGAUGCCAAUGCUAAUUCACAGAGCCUUGCUCAAGAGACCACACCCUCAUCCGUCACUGACCACGCCCACCUCUCACCUUUCCUCGCUGCCAGACACUUCCGUCUGAACACCAGCAACACUUCUAUGUUCAUGGCGGGAAACGUUGAUUGCAUCAUCAUCGGAGGGGGCGAUGGCAACGCGCUGUAUAUUGACUCGGAGCUGAAUCACGGACGCACGAGCCGCUGUACCACCUUUGACAACCCGCCCCUCUGUUCUGAAAGUUUCCAGAUCGCCCUGCUUGAGGUCUGGGGCUUCCAGGACACCAUGUCGACCUAACAACCAAUCACUACGCCUGCAGACCAGGUGGAAGGCCAAGGUUGCCAUGGUCACUCGGUUGUCAGGGAUGUGGGUAGAGAUGAGGGGGCGACCUGUUUCGUACCAGAACAUCUGUGGUAUUAUUGUAGAAUUGUACAUAUUUGUACUACGAUGGUGUCUCAUCAUGUGACCUAAUGAGUUACAUUUUGUAUUUGUUUUGUAAAGUUCCAGUUGUGUAUAAAAGGUUGUGGAGAAGUGCCAGGCAUCACUGGGUACUCCUCAAGAACUCAGUCAGAGCCCUAUGUGUGAGAUCAUUAGCUACAGGUCUUCUCCACUCCAAAGGGUCUAAUAAAGCGCUCUCUCCCCUCAUCAGUACCAUAUCAGGAUCUGUCAGACACUGGUUGGUUGUUAACAUCUAGUCACAUGUUAGUCAGGUGUUGCGUAGCUGUUGUUUGGACAAGCGUUGUCUGUGCUGUCUCAGGUGAAUGUUGUGGAGACGCUGGAGCUUGCAGGGUUCUUCUGUGGAAGUGUUUCAGUGCUAUUGGAACGGUCCAGUACAGGUGCUCCUAGCAGCACUAGCGUGGAGCUCUGGUGGACCAAAUGCUCAUGGAGAAUAGUAUUUCUUGUAAAGUGAAGGUCCGAUACAACACCAGCAUGUCGGGAGGGUCCGGUCUUCCGCUCCCCCACCCUAACAAUCAGCAAACUUCAUUGUGCAACCGAAUAUCAACAUUGAUCUGUCUCAUCUCUUACACAGUGGAAAUAGUGUUUGUUACAACUUUGUCUUUUUGUUAGAUCAGGUUUCAGUGUUUUUCUGCCAGCCAGCUCUGUGCUGGGUGAAUGAUUUGCAGCUGUUGGGUUUAAUGUGGAUAAUGGUCUGUAGAGGUCAGAGUUCAACUCUGGCCUGUCUGAGCCAUAAUUUCCUGUAAGGAAACGUAUCUGCAUAAUUCAGAUUCACAGUCCAUUCUUACAUUCACCGUGUUUGGGAAAGGUUGUGUGGUUUGAGUUGUUUGUGAAGGGUGCAGCCAUGAUUGUACUGAAGUAAUGAUGAAACGUACUUUCACAAACGGACCGCGGCCUCCGUCUGUAGCUAUAACACACUCGCGCGUGAAAAGCUCGUGUCUAGACGUCAGGGCACGCGCACAUCCUAAUGAACAAAGUCCUGCGCGCGGCGAGAGCAGCUAGAGGCCCAUCGUUGGGCUGCACGCUCGUUCAAAGAAAUCGCAUCCAAAAGACUUGGACUAAAACCAUCAUGAACCGUUGGCCUGGAGGAACAGAAUCAGUGUCAAAUGUUGAAAUACUGCCGUGUCAUCUCAGUCUGUCUCCCCACACUUCUCUGUCCUGUCAGGACUGUUCUUUCUCACUCUAUUUGAAGGAAAACUGUAGAUGUCUGAUAGCGACUGACACUAGGCAGUAUUAUUGUGUAGGUGUUGUAUCGCUAAAAUGAGACAUGUGAAUAUAAUGUCAAUAAAUACACAAACACAAACACCACAGAUGUGAAGGGCUAUGUUCAACCAUGCUGGUGACACUCAAAUGUCCCUGCUAUGUCACAAGAUACUUCAAUAUUUCUAUCAGAAUAAUGGGAUUUCUUUUCCCAAACAAAAUUAAGAGAAUUGUAUUGUGGUUCCUGGUUAUGCUUACUUAUGUAUUUAGUCAAAUGAUUCAGUAGUUUAGAAACAUUUCUGUAAUCUCCCAAAAAUGUCACGUAUGUGGGGAUGUGGACUCGUGCUUUUAUAUUACAAGAACAUGCAGUGUUCUUUUAUGCAGCACUACUGCAAUUAUGCAUAAUCCACGUUCACAGUUCAUUCUUACACUGUGCUGUUUGUGAAAGGUUGUGUGGUUUGAGUUGUUCGUGAAGGGUGCAGCCAUGACUGUACUGAAGGAAUAAAGAAAUGUACUUUCACUGAAAAUAAAUAUUCAAAGAAACCGCA